AUGCCAUUGUGGUACAUGCCUGGGCUCUUGCUCUACUCUCCAAAUGAACUUGAACAGUGUGCCAAAUUGCACCUUUCUUUCCCCAGGUACCCAAUAUCUCUACAGUGUGUUAAAGACCCUAAAUUGAUAGGACAUCAAAGAAUUCAUACUGGAGAGAAAACUUACCAAGAAAAAGAAGGUGGCAAGUCCUUUAUCUGGCCCUCCUCCCUUUCAGGACAUCAAAGAAUUCAUACUGUAGAGACACCGUACAAACUUCAACGAUAUGGUAAGACCUUUCGGCAUCAUUCACAACUUUCUGAACAUCACACGGUUCAUGCUGAGGAGAAACCUUAUCAAUGCAAAGAAUGUGGCAAGGCCUUUAACUGGCGCACAGCCCUUAGGAGACAUCACAGAAUCCAUACGGGAGAGAAAACUUACCAAUGUAAAAAAUGUGGCAAGGCCUUUGUGAACUUCUCAAACUUGACACAACAUUGCAGAAUUCGUACUGGAGUGAAACCUUACCAAUGCAAAGAAUCUGGCAAGGCCUAUACGCGACAGUCAAGCCUUACCAAACAUCACAGAAUUCAUACUGGAGUGAAACAUUACCAAUGUAAAGAAUGUGGCAAGGCUUUUGGGUCCUUCUCAAACUUGAAACAACAUCGCAGAAUUCAUACUGGAGUCAAACCUUACAAACGUAAAGAAUGUGCUAAAUCUCUUAUCUGGCACUCAGGCCUCAGGACACAUGACAGAGUUAAUAGUGGAGAGAAACCUUACCAAUGUAAAGAAUGUGGCAAGGCCUUUAGCUGGCUCUCAGCCCUUACAGUACAUCACAGAAGUCACCCUGGAGAGAAACAUUACCAAUGUAAAGAAUGUGGUAAAGCCUUUUACUGGCACUCAGCCAUUAAGUUACAUCAGAGAAUUCACAGUGGAGAAAAACCUUACCAAUGUAAAGAAUGUGGCAAGGCCUUUAGCCAGAAAUCAAACUUUAAAGGACAUAAAAUAAUUCAUACUGGACAGAAACCUUACCAAUGUAAAGAAUGUGGCAAGGCCUUUACCUGGUCAUCAGUCCUUAAGAUACAUCUCAGAAUUCAUAGUGGAGUAAAACCUUACCAAUGUAAUGAAUGUGGCAAGGCCUUUUACUGCCCAUCACAUCUUGAUGUACAUCACAGAGUCCAUACUGGAGAGAAACCUUACCAAUGUAAUGAAUGUGGCAAGACCUUUAACCAGAAAUCAUACCUUAAACAACAUAAAGUAAUUCAUACUGGACAGAAACCUUACCAAUGUAAAGAAUGUGGCAAAACCUUUAACUGGCAAUCAGCCCUUAAGGCACAUCACAGAAUUCAUAGUGGAGAGAAACCUUACCAAUGUAAAGAAUGUGGCAUUGCCUUUAGCUGGCUCUCAGCCCUUACAGAACAUCACAGAAUUCAUACUGGGGUGAACCCUUACCAAUGCAAAGAAUGUGGCAAGGUCUAUACGCGAUAUUCAAACCUUAGCAGACAUCAUAGAAUUCAUACUGGAGUUAAACCUUACCAAUGUAAAGAUUGUGGCAAAGCCUUUAACUGGCAAUCGGCCCUGAAGGCACAUCACAGAAUUCACAGUGGAGAGAAACCUUACCAAUGCAAAGAAUGUGGCAAGGCUUUCAUCCGGCCCUCAGCCCUUACAGUACAUCACAGAAUUCAUACUGGAGUGAAACCUUACCAAUGUAAAGAAUGUGGCAAAGCCUUUAACUGGCAAUCAGCCCUGAAGGCACAUCACAGAAUUCACAGUGGAGAGAAACCUUACCAGUGCAAAGAAUGUGGCAAGGCCUUCAUCCGGCCCUCAGCCCUUACAGAACAUCACAGAAUUCAUACUGGAGUGAAACCUUACCAAUGCAAAGAAUGUGGCAAGGCGUAUCCGCGACAGUCAAGCCUUACCAAACAUCACAGAAUUCAUACUGAAGACUGACUUUACCAAUGUAAUGAAUGUGGAAAGACAUUUUCCCCUGAGGCACAUCUUAAUGUACAUCACAGAAUCCAUCUUGGA